UGGAUGGGGAAAGGUUAAUUAGGACUAACUAAUUUCCUCUCAUCAUGUGAUGGGUGCAAUUCAAGAAAGCAAAAGCUGUUUAAAGGAUGGAGAGAAAUACUUGCCCACACGAGUAUUAUAUAGUCCGGAAUUACAGAAGAGAGUAACACAACACAAGACAGUGGAACUGGAAGACAGUUUGCUUACAACAAAGGGGGACAAGCUUUUGUUGAUGAGUGGGUUCAACACUAACUCGAGCUGGUGAACACGAACUUGGUCUAGAGUUUGUCAAGUUUCAACCUCCUCCAUGGAUAUGUUGUGUUCUCAUCGUUCUCAGCGUGAACUCGAUGAUCAAUACAAAGAAAGCUGAUCAAAAUGACAAUGAUAUGCUCACAAGCCUUCCCAAAGAAAAAGGUUGGACCAUGGAACAUAUUUACCAAUACCAGUCCUUUUGGCUUACUCCAGUAGCUAUUAAUGGAAUUAAGAGGGCGCAACAAUACUUCAAAGCUAAACCCAUAGAUAUUCUUCUAGCUAGUUUCCCAAAAUCAGGAACAACAUGGUUCAAGGCCCUUAUCUUUUCCCUCAUGAAUCGUGGCCGGCUUGAUUUUUCCUUCCACCCUUUACUUACCAAGAGCCCUCGUGAUUGCAUUCCCUUCUUGGAAUUCAUCAUACAAGAUGAAACUCCCUACCAUGAUUUCGUGUUCGCCACAUUGCCUUUUCGCAACCCACAUUCCUUACUCUCUGGUACCAGCAUCUAUGAUGUCUUCUGGUUGCAAAAUUGUGUAUGUAUUUCGCGAGAUCAAGGAUGUUAUCGUUUCAAAUUGGUAUUAUUUUAAAAAAAUAUGACCCAAAGAACUACCUGCUUUUCCAAAGAACUGCCUUCUUUUCCAAUCAAAGAUGCAUUUGAUCUGUUUUGCAAAGGCGUAUCACAUUUUGGACCCUUUUGGGAUCAUGUCUUGGGUUAUUGGAAGGCAAGCUUGGAAAAUCCAGACAAAGUACUUUUCUUGACUUAUGAGGACAUGAAGAAAGAUCCUAUUGUCUGCCUUACCAAAUUGGCCAAGUUUUUGGAUAAGCCAUGUUGCUUAGAAGAAGAGAGAGAAGGGAUUGUGCAGGAGAUUGUAAGGCUUUGUAGCUUUGAGAAUUUGAGCAGUUUUGAAGGGAAUCAGACGGGGGCGCAACAUUUCAGUCCAUAACUUGUUGAGAACCGGCAUUUCUUGUGGAAAGGUCAAGUUGGAGAUUGGAGAAACCAUUAGGUAGAGAUGGCCGAACAGCUGGAUGAAAUCACUUGUCAGAAACUUUGUGAACUAGUUUGAUAGGAAGUUUGCUUGUCGAUAAAAUACCCUGUAGCUCCAGUGCAUAUAUAAGUUAGUGACCUACUGUCUAUGCAUAGUAUUGAGGCAUGAAUGGUUAGUCAAAUAGGAUAAAUAGUAUCAAAAUGACAUUAUGAUUUGCUCCAGGUCAUACAGAUAAAUACUUGUUUCACCAUUGUUCCUUAAAAUCUGUACUUUUUUCAUAUGCAAAUAUAAUUCUCCUGAGUUGGCGCAAUUCUCAAGUGAUUUUAUCCCGUUGAACUUCCAGUCCGGAAAGAAUGGUGUCACACAUUAAUAGCAGUAAAAGCAAGAUUUUAGAAGUUGUUUCUCCAAAUUUUAGAAGUUGUCAUGCAUUGAUGAGAUUUGAUGCAAUGAACCUUAGUGUUUUUUUGGCUAUUAAGCCGCUGUUGUGGUUCAUUACCUUUGCUAAUGAACUAGUUAUUUAUGCACAUCUAAGUAUUAAUCGUACAAAUUAUAAGGCAAAAAUCAAAUCUUCAUCCCUUCUGGGGAAAAUGAACCAGAAACGAUUCUUUGGAGAUCUCAAUAGCAAGUUUGUCCGGUCAGUAAAUGCUCACUUUCAAGACUGGUAUGAGGAACAGGUUAAUUAAGGACUAAUCAAUUUCCUCUCAUUAAAUGAUGAGUGCAAUUCAAAAAAGGAAAAAGAUCUUUAAAGGAUGGAUAGGAAACUAUCUCCAUUCAAAUAUAAAAAAGAGUAGAAAAAAGAGGAUACUACUAACAAAUUUGUGUAAAAUGUAUACAAUCUUUGGUAAAUCAAAAUUCAAAUAUUUUGAGUGCUAUUGUGGUAAAGUGCAUCUGGCCACAUGCUCAAGUCAUCUUGAAUUAAGUAAAGUUUCCUCAGAUCACAAGGAAUAACAACUAUGUUUUGCUUAUUAAACUCAAAACAAAAGUUAAAGUUACCAGUUUCAAAAAAAAAACUCAAAAUAAAAGUUAUUUAAUCUUCCGAGAAAGUUUACUUUGUCAUUCCAUCCUUGUGGUCAUUCUAGCUAUUUGAAAUAUUGAAUCAGUCUAUAAUUCAUCAGACUUCAGCUUUCAUGUCCCUUUCCCACUGUUCACAUCAUCAACUUGAAGAUGAAUACAAGAAAACAGAUCAAAAUGAAAGUGAUAUGCUUAAAAACCUUCCUAGAGAAAAAGGUUGGACCACUGAAUAUGUAUACCAGUACCAGUCAGUUUGGUUAACUCCAACAUUUGUUAAAGGAGUUAAGUUAGUGCAGCAAUACUUCAAUGCUCAAUCCACUGAUAUUCUUCUAGCUACACUCCCAAAAUCAGGAACAACAUGGUUCAAGGCCCUUAUUUUCUCUAUCAUGAAUCGUACUCGAUUCGAUUCUCCUUCUCACCCUUUGCUUACCAAGGGCCCCCAUGAUUGUAUCCCCUUCCUGGAGUACAUCAUACAAGAUGAAAGAUCCUACCAAGAUUAUCAGUUUUCAUGUUUGCCACGUCGCCUUUUCGCAACCCACAUUCCUUGCCCUUUGUUACCAGCAUCUGUGAUGUCUUCUGGUUGCAAGAUUGUUUAUGUCUUUCGCGAAACCAAAGAUGUUUUUGUUUCAAAUUGGCAUUAUAUGACAAAAUUGAGACUCAAAGAACUACCAUCUUUUCCAAUCGAAGAUGCAUUUUAUCUGUUCUGCAAAGGGGUAUCACAUUUUGGACCCUUUUGGGAUCAUGUAUUGGGUUAUUGGAAGGCAAGUUUGGAAAAUCCAGAAAAUGUCAUUUUCUUGACAUAUGAGGACAUGAAGAAAGAUCCAGUUGUCUGUGUUAUGAAAUUGGCCAAGUUCUUGGGGAAGCCUUUUUCCUUGGAAGAAGAGAGAGAAGGGGUUGCACAGGAGAUUAUAAGGCUUUGUAGUUUCCAGAAUUUAAGCAGCUUGGAAGUGAAUCAGAGUGGAUUGCAACAUUUCAGUCCACAUUUUGCUGUUGAGAACACGCAUUUUUGGAGGAAAGGUCAAGUUGGAGAUUGGAAAAACUAUAUGACACUAGAGAUGGCUCAACAAUUGGAUGAAAUCACUAGGCAGAAACUUGCUGGGACUAGUUUGAUAGAAACGUUACACGUCGAUACAAUAACUUGAGGAUAAAGCAUCAGUUAAUCCAGGGAGGAGCUAGCAUGGGAAGGAGUUCGGUAGAACCCCGUCCUAUGGUUCAAACCCUAUAUAU